AUGGCGGUGAUCAUAAACUCCAGCUGCGGCGGCGGCGGCGAGGACAGCGAGGUGCACAGAGUUUGUCUGCCCCCGAAGAGAACGACGAUGGAGAAGCUGAAGCAGAGAGUGGGAGAGAUCUUCUUCCCUGACGACCCGCUUCACAAGUUCAAGAACCAGACAUUACCCAAGAAGCUCCUUCUAGGACUCCAGUUCUUGGUUCCGGUGUUCGAGUGGGGGCCUCAGUACAACUUGAAGCUGUUGAGGUCCGACGUCGUCUCCGGUCUCACCAUUGCCAGCCUCGCCAUCCCACAGGGAAUCAGCUACGCAAAACUGGCGAAAUUGCCACCAAUCAUUGGCUUAUACUCGAGCUUCGUGCCGCCGAUGAUCUACGCGUUGCUGGGCAGCUCGAGGCACCUGGCAGUUGGGCCGGUGUCGAUAGCGUCGCUAGUGAUGGGCUCAAUGCUGACCCAAGAAGUCUCUGCAACAGAGGAUCCGACUCUGUACCUGAAACUUGCCUUCACGGCCACGUUCUUCGCGGGCCUGUUCCAGGCUUCACUGGGCCUGCUGAGGUUAGGGUUCGUGAUCGAUUUCCUGUCCAAGGCGACGCUGGUGGGGUUCACGGCGGGCGCCGCCGUGGUGGUGUCGCUUCAGCAGCUGAAAGGGCUGCUCGGAAUCGUCACGUUCACGACCAAGAUGGAGAUCGUCCCUGUGAUUUCCUCUGUUUUCCACAGCAGGGAUGAAUGGUCGGGGCCUACAAUUAUGAUGGGAGUACUCUUCCUGAUGAUUCUGUUGUCCACCAGACACAUCAGCAUGAAGAAUCCCAAGCUGUUCUGGGUGUCCGCAGCAGCACCGUUGACGUCUGUGAUCGCAGCCACACUUGCCAGUUUCAUGUUCAGCUCAAAGCUCCACGGCGUCAAAAUCAUUGGUCAUCUCCCAAAGGGACUGAACCCACCAUCCAUGGACAUGCUCCUCUUCAGCUCCUCCCACCUCGCCGUCGCCAUAAAAACCGGCAUCGUUACCGGAAUCCUGUCCCUGACGGAAGGAAUCGCAGUGGGGACCACAUUCGCCUCCCUAGCCAACUACCCGGUCGACGGCAACAAGGAAAUGAUGGCGAUCGGGGCAAUGAACAUGGUCGGAUCCUGCACCUCCUGCUACGUCACCACGGGCUCAUUCUCCCGCUCCGCCGUCAACUACAACGCCGGAGCCAAGACCGCCGUGUCCAACACCGUCAUGGCCGCCGCCGUCCUCGUCACGCUCCUCUUCCUCAUGCCCCUCUUCCACUACACCCCGGAGGUCAUCCUCGCCGCCAUCAUCAUCACCGCCGUCAUCGGCCUCGUCGACUACCGGGCCGCGGGACGGCUCUGGAAGGUCGACAAGCUGGACUUCGCCGCGUGCCUCUGCUCGUUCGUCGGCGUGGUGUUCGUGUCGGUGCCCGUGGGGCUGUCGGUGGCGGUCGGGGUGUCGAUGUUCAAGGUUUUGUUGCAUGUGACGCGGCCGAACGCGGUGGUGCUGGGGAAUCUUCCCGGGACGCAGAUUUAUCAGAGCGUGCAGAGGUACGGAGAGGCAGAGAGGGUGGCUUCGUUUCUGAUUGUGGCGGUUGAGUCGCCGAUCUACUUCGCCAAUUCCACUUAUCUCAAAGAAAGGAUAAUGAGGUGCAUAAGGGAGGAGGAGGAGUUGAUAGAGGCGAACAAGGAGACGGCGGGGCUGAAGUACGUGGUGGUGGACAUGACGGCGGUGAGCGCCAUCGACACGAGCGGGAUCGAGCUGCUGUGCGAGGUGAGGAAGACGCUGGAAGGGAGGUCGCUGCAGCUGGUGCUGGCGAACCCGGGCGGGACGGUGAUGGAGAAGCUGCAUCUGUCCAAGUCGCUGCAGUUGUUUGGGUCCAACGGGCUGUUCAUCUCCGUCGGAGAAGCCGUCGCUCACAUUUCAUCCCUCUCCAAGGCUCACCGUGAGGUCAUUUGA